CCCAUCCCUUGGUCCUCCAGCGCCCUCACCCUCCCGUCUGACAUUUCAGCCAAUGAAAUACUUACAUUUGAUAAGUGGGAGGGAAUUGCGGCUUAGCUAUAAACGCAGACACCUAGUUUUGUUUUGGGACUCGUAUUAACAAGGAAUCAUCAGCAGGGAUUCAUCAUGAUGGCUGUAUGUGGCAUACUGUGUAAAUACGUCAUUCUGAUCUUCAACAUUUUGUACACUGUGGUGAGUCUAGCCUUUCUGGGGGUCGGUGUGUGGCUGAGAGCUCGCUACCCAGACGCGUCUUCCGGGUCUGGGGAUUAUGUGCUGAUAGCGGUUGGCAUGGUGAUGCUAAUCACUGCGAUCACCGGGGACAUUGGCGGCUGCGGAAACAUGACCUCCUAUCUGGCAACGUUCUGUGUUCUGCUGGUCGUCCUGAUGGCAGCCCAGCUAGCCCUCUACGUCCAACGAGAAAAGGUGGACCACCGUCUGGUUGAGUUCUACGUAUUCCUGUACGCGAUCUACAUCACCGCCGGAGACCCCGUGGUGGGAGGGACCCUCAGAGUGAUUCACUACACGAUGGACUGCUGUGGAGCCUUGGGAGUGGUGGGCGUGGACCCCAUCUCCCACACCUGCCCUGAGCCAUCAGGGUUCCUGGACCGCUUCAUGUCUCCCUGUCCUACUGUUCUGUUGGACGUCAUGGGCAAAGGACCUCCUCUGGCCAUGGGCAUCUUCUACGGCAACGCUGUGCUGAUGUUGCUUUGUCUGCUUUGCAGUCUGGCUCUUUACAAAAUUCUGAGGAUGGCCGCUUCCCCUCGCUACACCCAGCUCACUCAGACUGUGGUCUCCAUCUCUGGCUCCCACCUCUACCCUUACCUCUACCCUGGUGACGGUGUCGUCCUAACCUCCAUGGAACCCGAACUGCUGGCUGAGGCCUAACUCUGCUCAUUCUCACUUUCUCAGCCCUUUUGUUAGGCAAGGGGUAGCGUUCUUCACCUCCUAUCCUACGGUCUCCCUGACCCCCACUCCUCCUUCUCCCUCUCCUUUGGUUCGCCUUCUACAGGUAGCAACCCUGGCGGCUGCUGGGAUCCUCUUGGGACUUCAGAGGAAACCCAUGACCCACCAGCUCCUUCCACAAAACAUCGGCGUUUACUGAGCUCCUCCUCUCCCCUAAGCCUGUUUAGUCAUCUAGUCAAGUCGCUUUAACAUUCCAGUUGGUAUUCUUAGAGUUUAAAACUGCACAUGUUAGAGAUUACAUGGGCAAUUUUGUUUGAUUCGUUUUAUAUUUAAAACGAUGUUCUGGGUCAGCUCUUGCACUAAAGUUGUUUUUAGUUUUUUUACGUUUAAUAGUGCUAUGCAUCCAGAGCCUUUUGCAAUGAAAACGUAAUAUUAUUGAUAGUUCACAUUUGGUAAUAAAAAGCUAAAUGUGAAAGGAUGUUAUUUUAAAGAUUACCAUGUGAAUAUAGACGCACAUUCCUAGCUUUUUCUGGUUGAUGUGGAAAUAUCAAUCGUAAGUAUCUACAAAAUAUUUUAACACUUCACAUAAGUCACUUGAAAAGGAAUUUCCAUACAUUCUUGGAUAGUUUGCAUUUGCGUUGCCACUGUAGCCACGAAGUCUGAUACUGAAGUCAAUCGACUGACUUCUUUGUUGUAAUGAUUCCUUUAAAUGUCUUACCGACAUGACAAAUUCCCCCUUGGUGUAUUUUGAUUUAACUUUGUCUCUCCCGCCAUGGUCAUUCCAAAACUCAAUUCUAAACCCAUGAUGGUCAGUGCCCCUCAUCUUUGUUUCAUUUUUAUUAACUGUCCACGAUGUGAAUGUUUCCCUAUGAAGAAUAAUGUACACUGAUUGUCUAAUGAAUGUAUGCUUGGUAACUUUGCUGCCUGUAUCCUCCCAUUUUCAUGCUCUAUUAAAUCAAAUAUUUUGCUGUC